AAUGCGCGCCCGAGAAGAGCGCGCGGGGACAAAAUGCGGUCGGAGGAACCUGAACACGCCUCACAUGCUCUUAGAGAGCACUGUCACGGAGUUAGCGACAGGGACGGAAGAAUGGCUGUGCGCAUGCCUGCGGUCCCGCCGUUCCCGGCUCCCCACAGUCCCGGCCCCCGAAGGUUCCGGCGUCGCGGGAAACAGUCCCACCCCUUCGCCGCAGCGCCGAGCCCCUCACCGGCCCGGUCGGGGGCGGGGCGAGGAGUGCGCAAGCGCGUGGCGUACGCAGGGGCUGUUACUCUGGGGACGGGUCCGUGGGCCCCCAGCCUGACCCUGAACUCCGUAAGCUGUCCUGGGAUACGGCUGGCUGAGCUCCCAGUGUCCACCUCCACUUCCAGCGCCAGGCUCUGCCCGGCCUCAAAGUCAAGUUGUGUUCCUCUGUGCACUGCUGGAAACAGCCUCCUCACGGAAGCUUUAGACAUUGGCCUGCAGAAGAUGCUCUUUCUGUACUUCUCUAUGGUGUAUGUGAGAAUGAAGUGCACUGCCAAGAAAUGUGGAGUUAGGUUCCAGCCUCCGGCUAUUAUCUUAAUCUAUGAGAAUGAAAUGAAGGGGAAAAAUCGCCAGCGCAUCAUGCCAGUCCGAAACUUUUCAAAGUUUUCAGAUUGCAGCAGAGCUGCUGAACAACUAAAGAAUAAUCCGCGACACAAGGGCUACCUGGAACAAGUAUCCCUGAGGCAGCUAGAGAAGUUAUUCAGUUUUUUACGAGGUUACUUGUUGGGGCAGAGUUUGGCAGAAACAAUGGAACAAAUUCAGCGGGAAACAACCAUUGAUCCUGAGGAAGACCUGAACAAACUAGAUGACAAGGAACUUGCCAAAAGAAAGAGCAUCAUGGAUGAACUUUUUGAGAAAAAUCAGAAGAAGAAGGAUGAUCCAAAUUUUGUUUAUGACAUUGAAGUUGAUUUCCCACAGGAUGAACAACUGCAGUCCUGUGGCUGGGACACAGAGUCAGCUGAUGAAUUCUGAUACCAAAAACUAAAAAAAAGAGAAAAAGAUUGGGUAGCAGAAAAUCCAUGUUUAUACAAAGAACAUAUUUUGGCUCUAGAAAAAUCUGUAAAGAACACUAUGUUGAGUCAUGUUUGGGUUGACCAUGUUACUUUUCAAAACCAGGAUAUGUAGAGCAUCUACUGUGUAGGUGCGUGCGGAAUACAGGAAAAACAGAAGAUAGGAAUCUGCCUUGAAGGAGCUUACAAUCUAAUUGGAAGGUAAAAAAGUUUGUGAAGAGCUAAUUAGUGGUAUUAGGUAGCAAAAAUAUUAGAUCCAAAUGUUUGAUAAAGACUAAAAAGGGUCAGAAUCUACCUAGAUUACCGUAGGGUAGAAUAGGCAGGGAAGACUUUAAUCUUCCUAUGUCUUUAACCUAAGUCCUUUAAGGGCAAGAUAGUACUUUGACCCUUGAAAACGUUAUAUUUGCAUAGAAGCUUAUAUAGGAUUCCAGAUUAGAGAAACUGGGAGAAAAAAGGGUGGUGGUGGUGAUGGUGGGGGAGACUGGUAAAGAGAUAGGAAUGAGAAAAUUUUAUUUGAGGAAAAGUAAGCAAAUUAUAGUUUGAUAAGAACAGAGGGCAUAUAUAGUUACCAGGGGAUUAUCCCGUAUACAUCAUCUUUAUAUGCUUUUUUUUUUAAUGGAGGUACUGGGGAUUGAACCUAGGACCUCGUGCUCUACCACUAAGCUAUUUCCCUCCCCGCUGUUUGUACUUAAAUCUGGAGUAGAAGAGUACUCCUGCAGAGUGCCCUGCAGCUGCAAGUGGGUGUCGCCUGACGGAUGGCAAGGGAAUUCUGCCCCUCCAGUAGCAGCAAACGUAUACUAAAGACAUUCUGAAACCCUGAACCUAUUCCUUUAACUAAGGUUUGUUUGUAAAAUGGGAAAUCUCUACCCGUAAUAAAUGAAAUAGGUACUAUCAAUUUAGGCCUAUUCAUGAAUUGGUGUCUACAAAGAGAAGAUCUAUAUUAAACAAGGUUAUGUGUGUACAGAUACAUCUUUCUUCAUAUUAGAGUAUUAUUUAAUUGCUAGAAAUCCUCUUUUCCUGCAAGGAAAUUAAUACUCAUUAAAUAAAACUGUAAAAGCUAUUCA